AUGGCGGCGGCGAUCGCCGGUGCGGUGGUGGCCGCGCUCCUGCUUCUGUAUCCGGCCCGGGCAUCGGCGGCGGCGGCGGUGGGGAGGGGCGGCGGCUGCACACUCUGUUCUCGGUGGAGUGCGGCGACUACUUCGACUGGCAGGCGGUGGGGCUCCUCCACAGCCUCCGCAAGGCUCGGCAGCCCGGCGGCGUUACCCGCCUCGUCAGCUGCGCGGAGGACCAGCUACCCUCCUACCGCGGCCUCCGCAUCGGCCACACCCUCCAGGUCCCCUCCUUCAGCCGCCACCCACGCACCGGCGACUGAAUUUUGUGACAAAGUUGGAGGAAUUCUAGCCAUGCAUAUUGAUGACUUAAGGGCUCUAGCACCUCUGUGGCUCUCAAAAACUGAAGAAGUGAGGCAGGAUAAGUCCCAUUGGUCAACCAAUAUUACUGGUGAUAUAUAUGGCAUGGGUUGGAUCAGUGAGAUGUAUGGGUAUUCAUUUGGUGCUGCAGAAGUAGGUCUACGGCACAAGAUAAAUGAUGACAUAAUGAUCUACCCAGGUUAUACUCCUAGACCUGGCAUUGAGCCACUUAUCUUGCACUAUGGUUUGCCAUUUAAAGUUGGAAACUGGUCAUUCAGUAAAUUAGAACACCAUGAAGAUGGAAUAAUUUAUGAUUGCAACCGCUUGUUCCCUCCACCUCCUUUUCCUAGAGAGGUUGAGAUGAUGGAAUCUGACCCAAAUAUAAAACGAGGCUUAUUUCUAAGCAUAGAGUGCAUUAACACCUUGAAUGAAGGGCUCUUGCUGCAUCAUGCAUCUGUUGGGUGCCCGAAACCACAGUGGUCAAAAUACCUGAGUUUCCUUAAAAGCAGGAGGUUUUCAGAGCUUACAAAACCAAAGUACUGGAAGGGCCAACAGGUUGACAGCAUAGUGACCAUGCAACAUGUUGCAGUGUCCAAGGCAAACAGUGAAUAUCCAAAAAUACACACCCUUUUCUCAACGGAAUGUUCAUCAUAUUUUGACUGGCAAACUGUUGGGCUUAUGCACAGUUUUCGUUUAAGCGGACAGCCUGGUAACAUUACACGCUUAUUGAGCUGUACGGAUGAGGGCUUGAAGAACUAUAAAGGCCAUGAUCUUGCUCCAACACAUUAUGUUCCAUCUAUGAGCCAACAUCCACUGACAGGGGACUGGUACCCUGCAAUUAACAAACCUGCAGCAGUUCUCCAUUGGCUCAACCAUGUGCAGACUGAUGCUGAGUUCCUUGUUAUCCUAGAUGCUGAUAUGAUCAUGAGAGGCCCCAUCACCCCAUGGGAAUAUGGUGCAAAACGUGGUCAUCCUGUUUCUACUCCUUAUGAGUACCUCAUUGGUUGUGAUAACAUACUUGCAAAGAUACACACUCGCAAUCCCUCUGCAUGUGAUAAGGUUGGCGGUGUCAUUAUCAUGCAUAUAGAUGAUCUUCGGCGUUUUGCUCUGCUGUGGCUUCACAAAUCAGAGGAGGUUCGUGCAGACAAAGCUCACUAUGCAACAAACAUUACUGGCGACAUAUAUAAUUCUGGCUGGAUUAGCGAGAUGUAUGGCUACUCUUUUGCAGCAGCUGAGAUCAACCUGCGACACAUCAUUAGGAGGGACAUAAUGAUAUAUCCAGGUUAUGUUCCACUGCCUGGGGCAAAAUACAGGGUUUUCCAUUAUGGUUUGAGAUUUGGAGUUGGUAAUUGGAGCUUUGACAAGGCUGAUUGGAGAAAUGCUGAUGUGGUAAAUACAUGCUGGACCAAGUUCCCUGAACCACCUGAUCCUGCUACGAUCAUGAAACAAGAUCUAGAUGCACGGGAGAGGGAUCUUCUCAGCAUUGAAUGCGGGAGAGCUUUGAAUAAAGCUCUAUACCUGCACCAUAAGCGCAGAAAUUGCCCCGGCUAG